AUUUCUGGCCACAUCAAAAAACCGCUAUAAAUUUCGCCUGAGCCACGCGUCGCUCCCUCUCCUCUUCUCCGUUGCUGCCGCCUGCGUUUCUCCGAUUUCUCCCCCCUCCGUCCUCCUCUCGCCGUCGCUGCCUCGCCUCCGGCCCGCGCCACCGGAGCCCGGCGAGGCCGCCGGGCGCGCGCCGCUCGCUCCGCCCCCGCUGGAACCUCCGACUCCGCAGCUACUCCCCCGGCGAGCGUCGCCUUUUUUGCGGCGCGCCGUCGGCCGUAGCGUUCCACCCGGGCCCGGACUUCUGGGGAUGCAAUGCCUCUCUUAAAAAGGAGACCGUUCUUCUUACUGGAUCCGCCAAAGGACUUGAAUCCAGAGGACAAGGUGUUCCAAGUUCGGUAUACCAAGGAGAUAUUCCGAGAUUACCAGGAAUACCUGAAUAGGGUAAACCUUUAUCGUGAAAGAGUUUGGACAUGUAAGGUGUCUGGAAAAUCAAAUUUAACAUAUGAGGAAGCGCUGGUCUCAGAGCAUCAUGCUGCAGAGAAGGCUCAACAGUUGCCAAGAGAGUUAAUAGCGCCUGUUCUACAUAUGAUUCAAUACAGCACUCUUAGCUUGACUGACCUUGUCAACAAAAUAUACAGUAUUCUCCAAGAAGACUUUUUUGAAGGAUUAGAACUAAAUGGUAGAAAAGAUGGUUCUGUGUCUGCUUGCAAGAUCUUAAAGGUUAUUAUUGGCUCUGGUAACACCAAGAUGUAUGAGGUGGGUUGGAUUGGUCAGGACAAUGCAGAGACUAACACUUCAGUUCUUCAAGCCGAUGAUCUAGUAAUUCGCAAGAAGGCACGUGCUAGUCGUAGCAUGCUGAAAAUAUAUAUUAGGGAGUCAACAUCACAGAAUUCCCCAUGGAUUAUACAUGCAAAUCUUGCAAAGAAAUAUGGAAUACCCACUGAGCCCCCAAAAGACUUAUUGAAUGGUCAAGGGUUGCCAAAACUGAGGAGAGGACUCGAGAAUGGAACCACAGAUGAUGUCAGAAAAAAAUUGAAGAAAGGUGAGCCAAUUGAUGAUCUUUUAUUAAGGCCUACAGCAGAUGAUCCCAGUCUGUCAAAAAGACGUCCACUGUCUACAGAUUUCAGAGUGCCUGUAGAUUCUGUUGGGGAUCUACUUAUGGUUUGGGACUUCUGCAUGACUUACGGGAGGAUUUUAUGCUUGUCUCCAUUUUCCCUCUCGGACCUGGAGAAUGCAAUCUGCCACAAAGAAAGCAACCUUGUUCUUCUUGUGGAAUUACAUGCUGCACUCUUCCAUUUGCUCAUUAAAGAUGGAGGCGGGUAUUUUAUGUUUCUCCAGAACAAGAGAAGGAAAUUAAAGGUAACAUUGGUCACCUGGGCUGAGUAUCUAUGUGAUUUCUUGGAAAUGACAAGUAAAGAAGAAUUCUCCAGUAGUUUAUCAACUGUAAGAAGGGGGCAUUAUGGACUUGUUCACACUGCCGUGAAGCUUAAAAUUCUGCGGGAACUGGUAGAUGAAGCCAUAACAACUUCUGCUGUAAGACAGAAUAUAGAUGAAAAGAUUGACCAGCAACAAGCUAUUGCAGCAUCAAAAAGAGAGCUUGCUAGAAAUAAAAAGGAAGAGCAUAAGCUGGCCAUGGAAGGGGUGACAGAAAAGGAAAUGAGUCAGACAGAUGCUGCAGAAAAUGUCAACGGGAAUGUAAAUGGUCAGGUUGUGGAAAAAGAAGGAAAGGAGAAGAAAAACAUUUAUGCCAACAAGAUGGGAGAGGGGAAAGUACAUCCUAUGUUAGAAUUUCAAUGGUUACUCUCAUUGAGAAGAGGAUGGCACUCGAGAUGGGGCAAUUUUCUGGUUUUCUUCAUUCACUAAACACAAAAGCCAUGUCCUCCCAAAGAGGAUUGGAUACAUAUUUAUAGCUGCUUGUAGCAGCCAUGCAGCCAUGCUAGUCUAAGAGGGUGCUGUCAGCAUCCCAACAAACUGUCCUAGAGCAGAGCAUCCCAACAAACUGUCCUAGAGCAUCUCAACAAACUGCUGUCCUAACUGUCCUAGAGCAUCCAAACUGAAAGUAGAGAUGCUGUCCUAGAAAGCUGAAAAGCAGGAAAAAAAGGCACCACAAGACCAAGACCAACCAGCCAAGACUUAUUCCUACAUUCUCCCCCUAAGUCUUGUGCGCCGUCUUGUGGGAGAGUUGAGCCAUCCCGAUCCGGGAGCAAAGCUCAAGGAACUUGAUCCUCCCAAGGGGUUUGGUGAGCAAAUCCGCAAGCUGGUCCUUGGUGUUGAUGUAGCUCGCCUUGAUGCUCCCUUCCUCCAAGUAGCUUCGGAUGAAAUGGUACCUCACUCGGAUGUGCUUGCUCCGUUCGUGAAAAACGGGGUUUUUUGCCAGGGCCAGAGCGGACUUGCUAUCCACCCUGAGCUCCACCGCUCCAGUAUCUCUGCCGAGGAGAUCACUAAGCAGUCGAGCAAGCCAGAGCGCCUGGGUCGAAGCGGCGGAUGCUGCCAUGUACUCGGCCUCGCAGCUGGACAGGGCCACCACCUGCUGCUUGAUUGACUGCCAGCUAACGAGGCACUCGUCGAGGAAAAAGAGAAUCCCGCUCGUGCUCUUGCUGGUGUCGAUGUCGCCGGCGUGGUCGCUGUCGCUGUACCCGACGAAGUGUGCCUUGCCAGGACACCUCGGGUAGUAGAGACCGUGGUCGAGAGUCCCCGCAACGUAGCGGAUGAUCCUCUUCACAGCCUGCU